AGAGAGAAGACCUGAUCACCUGGAAUUAGCUGGCACAGAAACCAUUUUGGCUUCAAAAAUGUUGGAGGAGGAUAUGGAAGUGGCCAUCAAGAUGGUGGUUGUAGGGAAUGGAGCAGUUGGAAAAUCAAGUAUGAUUCAGCGAUACUGCAAAGGCAUUUUCACAAAAGACUACAAAAAAACCAUUGGAGUUGAUUUUUUGGAGCGACAAAUACAAGUUAAUGAUGAAGAUGUCAGAUUAAUGUUAUGGGAUACUGCAGGUCAAGAGGAAUUUGACGCAAUAACAAAGGCCUACUAUCGAGGAGCCCAGGCUUGUGUGCUUGUAUUUUCUACCACAGACAGGGAGUCUUUUGAAGCAAUUUCCAGUUGGAGAGAGAAAGUGGUAGCAGAAGUUGGGGAUAUACCAACAGUACUUGUACAAAACAAGAUUGAUCUCUUGGAUGAUUCUUGUAUAAAGAAUGAGGAGGCUGAGGCACUGGCCAAAAGGUUAAAGUUAAGAUUCUACAGAACAUCAGUCAAAGAAGAUCUAAAUGUGAAUGAAGUUUUUAAAUAUUUGGCUGAAAAAUAUCUUCAAAAACUCAAACAACAAAUAGCUGAGGAUCCACAACUAAUGCAUUCAAGUAGUAACAAAAUUGGGGUCUUCAAUACCUCCGGGAUCAGUCACUCCGGUCAGAACUCAAGUACCCUGAAUGGUGGCGAUGUCAUCAAUCUUAGACCCAACAAACAAAGGACCAAGAAAAACAGAAACCCUUUCAGCAGCUGUAGCGUACCUUAAAGCAUUACAAGUAGGACGAGAAUUGAAUGGUUUUGUGCAAUUCACUAACACAUGCAAGCUGUAACAUUAUGGUACAAGACUCUUAGCAGAUUUUGCACCUAAUGGCUCUCUGAAAACUGACAGACUGAACUAUUGCUCUGCAAUGCUUUUCAGAAUGUAGAGUGAGACCUCUGGUGGGACAAUUAAUGCCCUGUGGACUCAUUGUAUUUUUUUCUUAUUAGACGAAGCAUUUCCUGUUUUUGAAGGAGUUGUUUAAGAAAUGUCAAAAGCAGGUUUUGUGGAAAUUUAAAUGCUAGAAAACAUAAAUGCCUAAAUAUGUUGGUACAGAUUUUAAUAUUAUAGGCCAGGAAAAGACAGUAAGAAUUCUUUUUCUGAAACUGGUCUUAUAGCUUUUCUAGAAAAUAAUAUCGAAUUUGAAUACUUAGAAAAAAUAUUAAAAGGUAAACCCUAAACCUUGCCAAGAUGGCAUUCGUGUGUAGUUGGCAAUGUUCCUUGUGCAAUAUCUGUAUAAUGUGGAGUGGAGGUGUGCAUGCAGCUCUCUGGAA